GGAAGGGAUCAAGCCAACUUUUCACACUAAAAUUCCCUUUGUGCAUUAACAAAGUUCCUCCCUUUAAGCUCAAUAUGUUCCUUCUUUCAUGCAACUAACUAAAGCUUUGCUUCUCCAUUUGAAGUGCUUCUUCAUGACAGAUAAGUUCUAUUGCAUGACUAUGAGGAUGAAGAUUGAUUGCAAUGGUUGUUAUAAAAAGAUUAGAAGAGCUCUUCUACAAAUGCAAGAGUUGGAUAGCCACUUUAUAGAUAAGCAACAGGGUAAAGUAUGUGUUAAUGGGCAAUUUAUUCCACAAGAUGUUGCAAUUAAGAUUGGGAAGAGGACUAAUAGAAGGGUUGAGAUAUUGGAGAUCAAGGAAGUAGAUGUUGACAACCAAGGUAGACCCCUUUGAUUAAACCUCAUGUAUAAGAUAUGUGAUUUGUGUUCUAUUUCUAGUUCACAAUGAAUAAACAAAGGAGUAUUUUAGUUUCAGAUUGUUUGAAUAUUUUCUUAAAUUCCACAUCUGAAUACUGCAACGGAUUUUCCAGAA